GGUUUCCCUGGCAACAGCUCUAACCUAACGUAACGUCCGUCCAUUUAAAAUCCCCGCAGGUACUUUCACGCCGCGGUCAAACUGAGAAGAAAAAUGGAGUUUGAAGCCACGGAGACGGUACGAUCCACUCCGAGUCGACACGAGAAAAGUUUGGGUCUACUCACGAUGAAGUUUGUGAGUCUGCUACAAGAAGCGAAGGACGGCGUGUUGGAUUUAAAAGUGGCUGCAGAUUGCUUAGCUGUGAAGCAGAAGAGGAGAAUCUAUGACAUUACAAAUGUGCUGGAGGGAGUGGGGCUGAUCGAGAAGAAAAACAAGAACAUCAUUCAGUGGAGAGGUGAGAGUUGCCACAGUCAGACCCCAGAACUGGUGGAGCAGGUGAAGCUCCUGAAGUCUCACAUCUCUGAUCUGGAGGCUCAGGAACAGGAGCUGGACCAGCAGAAGGCCUGGAUCGAGGAGAGCAUACAACAGCUCAGCAAUGACCCCACUGUCAACACGUACAAAUUUGUGACACAUGAAGACAUCUGUAAUGCCUUCAGUGGAGACACGCUCCUCGCCGUCAUGGCUCCUGCAGGAACACAGCUCGAAGUCCCUCUGCCUGAAAUGGGCCUCAGUGGUCAGAAGAAGUACCAGGUGAAUCUGCGCUCUCACACCGCUCCCAUUCAAGUCAUGCUUAUUAACAGAGACUGUGACGGCUCUGCUCCGGUGGUCUUCUCUGUGCCCCCCACAGACGAGCUGUGCCCCAUGCCCACGCCCCCCCACACACCUGCCAGCCUGCAGCGUUUCCCCCUCUCCUCUCAGGCUUCCUUCUCCUACUGCAGCCAGGACUCUCUAUGCUCUGACCACCAGAUGGUGCUGACAGACCUUGAAGAGGUGCUCACGCCCUCCUCCACUCCUCCAAACCUGCACAUGGAGUGUCACAGUGAGGCAGCAGUGAGUCUGUCGCAGCAGCACAUGGACCUGGUGGGACCCGAGUUUCAGCCUGUGAUGGACAUGAGCAACUUACUGAAGCUGAGCGGAGCCACGGACCACCUCAAGGAUGACCGCACAGCAGCUGUGGAUCUAAUUGAUGAACUAAUGUCAUCUGAUGGCAUGGACUACAGCUUCAACCUAGACGAACAUGAGGGAGUGUGUGACCUGUUUGACGUACAGAUCCUCAACUACUGAAGUGUCUCUGCUGAGUAAAAGUACUGCUAAUACACUCUACUGAAGUACAAGUAGUAUUACUACUACUGCUCCCUGGUACUGUUGUUUUUGGGAAGCACUUUGGCCACUCAAACAUUAACCAUUCACUACUCAGGACUCAUUACUGUAUUUGCCAGUUACCCGUGACCCCAAGUGGACCCUUGGAGAUUUUAUUGACUCUAAAUUUAUGGAGAUUUGUUUUUGGUUUGGAUUGUAAACAUUCCUGAGAGCAGCUUCCUUGUGCGGAGGUGAGCUCAGAUUACUCUCCUGUCCCACUGCACUUUGACGUUUUUGUAUUUUUUUUCCACUUUUUGUGGUUUUGUGGAAAAUCAGAGACAGCUGUUUGGUUUCUAGAGUUUAUAAACAGUGUUGUCCUUGAGUUAAUAUUGCUGUAAUCUAUGAAUGUUCAGUAUUGGCAUUUUUAGUAGUUGAAUAACGUUAAGGGUAUGAUUCUAAAUA